GGGCGCGUUCCUUCCUCUUCCUUUUGCCUCUCCGGCCCCGCCUUCCCUUCCCUCCGCCCACCUCCCUGAAGCGGAGCCGCCGCCGCCAGCAGCGCCGUCAUGUCGGCCCCCGCCGAAUCCCCUCAUCCGGCCGCCAGCGCCCGAAUCCCGCCCAAGCUUGGGGGAGCCCGAAAGCGGCUGGAAUUAGGGUGGACCGUAAACAAGGGGCCCAGGUGCAGUUUAAAAACCCUCAUAUCCAGCCUGAGCGCCGGCGAGUUGCCCCGAGCGACCCUUUCUCCGGCGAAAAACCGAGGCCGCAGAGUGCGUGGUCUAGGGAAACCCGGUGUAGCCAUCGAACUGCAUGGAUUGUGCCCUUCCCGAGUCAGGAAAAUUGCUUUGAUUUCUUUGGCCCAGCGAGCACGCUGCCUUGAAUGGAACUUAAGUCCAGCACAGAAUCAAAUGCAUGUUCCAUCAGGGUAUGGAUUGCAUCCUCAAAACUAUAUUGCUCCCUCAGGACAUUAUCCUCAAGGACCUGGGAAAAUGACCUCAUUGCCAUUGGAUAGCCAAUGUGGUGAUUACUACUCUGGUCUCUAUAUGGUACCAACACAAAAUGUGGUGACUCCUAACACAGCAAACCAACAACCAGGAGCACAGCAGAUGUAUGGCAGGGGUCCUCCUGCCCCUCAUAUUGGAGGAUCCACUCCGGGAUCUUUCCAGGGUGCCGCCUCCCCAGCACCCCAUUUGCAUACGAGUGCCUCCCAGCCCUGCUCCCCUUUCGUGAAUCACUUCAGUAGUCCGCCCAUGUACUCUGCCAACUCUUCUGUUGCUUCUCAGGGAUUUCCCUCCACUUGUGGUCACUAUGCUAUGUCAACUGUUUCUAAUGCUGCGUAUCCUAGUGUUUCGUAUCCCUCUCUUCCUGCUGGUGAUCCAUACGGGCAGCAAGUGUUUACCUCACAGAAUGCUCCGACUGUCAGGCCGGCUAGAGAUCAUUCAUUUUCUGGUCACAGUACUGCUAUCAGUCAGCCAUCACCGCUCCCACCUCCUCCGUCACACCAGUACCACCAGCAGCAGAGUCUUUCAGGAUGCAAUACUCUCUCGUGGUCAGCUUCAGGCCUUCCGUCAACCCAAGAGAAUCUCCUCCGAAACCACACGGGCUCUCUGGCUACCGCCAACAGCAACCCAACAAAUACUGUUGCAGAUUCUUUAUCUUGUCCUGUUACGCAAAAUGUUCAGCCUCUCAAGUCCAGCCCAGUGGUAUCCACUGUUUUGUCUGGAGCCUCAUCAACAAGAACGCCUCCUGCUGCAAAUCGCCUGGCCGAGCCUGCGGCCUCAGCUGCACGGCCACCGGAGCUGUCGCAACAGAGAGGCAUGCAGUAUGGUGACUAUGUUAAUAAUCAAGCUAGCUCCGCACCAACUCCCUUGUCAUCAACUUCCGAUGAUGAGGAAGAGGAGGAGGAGGAUGAGGAAGCAGGGGUGGACAGCUCUUCUACCACAAGCAGUGCUUCUCCAGUGCCCAACAGUUACGAUGCCCUGGAAGGAGGCAGCUACCCAGAUAUGCUUUCUUCAUCAGCAAGCAGUCCUGCUCCAGAUCCUGCUCCUGAACCCGACCCUGCUUCAGCUUCAGCUCCUACUGCUCCUCAAGCUUCAAAAAUAGCUAAGCCAUUUGGGUAUGGUUAUCCAGCUCUUCAGCCUGGGUAUCAGAAUGCUACUGCACCACUUAAUUCCGGAGUACCGCCCAGUAGCCCAGUAUAUUCUGGAUUCCAGCAGUAUGCUCAACAGUAUCCUGGUAUGAACCAGCUGUCCUCCAGUCUGGGAGGACUGAGUCUUCAAAGUUCUCCACAACCAGAAAGUCUGAGACCUAUAAACCUCACUCAGGAGAGGAAUAUUCUACCCACGACUCCUGUUUGGGCUCCUGUACCUAACUUGAAUGCAGAUCUCAAAAAAUUAAACUGUAGCCCAGAUUCGUUUCGGUGUACUUUGACAAAUAUUCCACAGACCCAGGCUUUACUGAAUAAAGCUAAGCUUCCUUUAGGAUUGCUGUUACAUCCCUUCAGAGACCUGACGCAAUUACCAGUGAUAACAUCAAAUACCAUUGUGAGGUGCCGAUCUUGUCGAACAUAUAUCAACCCUUUUGUAUCCUUCAUUGAUCAACGUAGAUGGAAAUGCAAUUUGUGCUAUAGAGUUAAUGACGUUCCUGAAGAGUUUAUGUAUAACCCCCUAACUCGAUCUUAUGGAGAGCCUCAUAAACGACCGGAAGUUCAGAAUUCAACUGUGGAAUUCAUUGCUUCUUCAGAUUACAUGCUUCGUCCUCCUCAACCUGCAGUUUACCUGUUUGUUUUAGAUGUAUCCCAUAAUGCAGUGGAAGCUGGAUAUUUGACAAUUUUGUGCCAGUCGUUGUUAGAAAAUCUAGACAAGCUUCCUGGAGAUUCACGAACAAGAAUAGGAUUCAUGACCUUUGAUAGCACUAUUCAUUUCUACAAUUUACAAGAAGGAUUAUCACAGCCUCAAAUGUUGAUUGUGUCUGACAUAGAUGAUGUUUUUCUGCCUACACCAGAUAGCUUACUUGUGAAUCUGUAUGAAAGUAAAGAGCUUAUAAAAGACUUAUUGAAUGCAUUACCAAAUAUGUUCACCAAUACAAGAGAAACACACAGUGCCCUUGGUCCUGCGCUUCAGGCUGCCUUUAAAUUAAUGUCUCCAACAGGUGGCCGUGUGUCUGUAUUUCAGACACAGUUACCUUCCUUGGGUGCAGGGCUUCUGCAGUCCAGAGAAGAUCCUAAUCAGAGAUCAAGCACAAAGGUUGUACAACAUCUUGGCCCUGCAACUGAUUUUUAUAAGAAACUGGCUUUAGAUUGCUCAGGGCAGCAGACUGCAGUGGAUCUGUUCCUUUUAAGUUCACAAUAUUCUGACCUUGCAUCUCUAGCUUGCAUGUCCAAGUAUUCUGCAGGGUGUAUCUAUUAUUAUCCAUCUUUCCACUAUACUCACAAUCCUUCACAAGCAGAAAAGUUACAGAAAGACCUGAAACGGUAUCUCACAAGAAAAAUUGGGUUUGAAGCUGUUAUGAGAAUAAGGUGUACAAAAGGUCUUUCAAUGCACACUUUUCACGGAAAUUUCUUUGUCCGUUCCACUGAUUUGUUGUCCCUUGCCAACAUCAAUCCUGAUGCUGGAUUUGCAGUACAGCUGUCAAUCGAAGAAAACUUGACAGAUACUUCCUUAGUGUGCUUUCAGACAGCCCUAUUAUAUACAUCAAGCAAAGGUGAACGGAGAAUUCGAGUGCACACGCUCUGUUUGCCAGUAGUGAGUUCACUAGCAGAUGUCUGUGCAGGAGUGGACGUACAGGCUGCCAUCUGCCUUCUAGCAAACAUGGCUGUUGAUCGAUCCAUCUCCUCAAGCCUGUCAGAUGCAAGAGAUGCCUUAGUGAAUGCUGUUGUGGAUUCCUUGUCUGCAUAUGGCUCAACGGUCUCAAAUUUACAGCACUCUGCCCUGAUAGCCCCCAGCUCCCUCAAGCUGUUUCCUCUCUAUGUUUUGGCCCUUCUUAAACAGAAAGCAUUUAGAACUGGUACAAGCACACGUCUGGAUGAUCGUGUAUAUGCCAUGUGUCAGAUAAAGUGUCAGCCACUUGUUCAUCUAAUGAAAAUGAUUCAUCCCAACUUGUACAGGAUAGACAGAUUGACAGAUGAGGGUGCAAUACAUGUUAAUGACAGGGUUGUACCUCAGCCACCUCUUCAAAAAUUGUCUGCAGAAAAACUGACAAGGGAAGGUGCUUUCCUUAUGGACUGUGGCUCUGUUUUUUACAUUUGGAUUGGAAAAGGCUGUGACAAUAAUUUCAUAGAGGAUGUGCUUGGGUAUCCUAAUUUUGCAUCAAUACCACAGAAAAUGACACAUCUUCCAGAGCUAGAUACACUUUCAUCAGAAAGAGCGAGAUCUUUUAUCACUUGGCUUAGGGACAACAGACCGUUAAGCCCAAUUCUUCACGUGGUAAAAGAUGAGAGUCCUGCCAAAACAGAAUUUUUCCAACAUUUGAUCGAAGACCGAACAGAAGCUGCAUUCUCUUAUUAUGAAUUUUUGCUUCACAUUCAGCAGCAGAUUUGUAAGUGAAGUGGAAUACAGUUGAGUAAGAAGGAAAAGACCCAUAGCCUAGGCAAAGCGUCCUCCGUCAGAGAAGCACAUAUGCUAUUUGAAAUGAAGGCAUUUGUUGUUACAGGACACAGUGCAUAGCGUAGCACCCUGAGGCUUUGGCAGAAGGUAAAAGGGAAGAAAGAACUUGACAGAUUUUCUUCAGCCUGAAUUAGUGGUAAUGAUGAUGCUGUUUUACCAAGUAUAUUUUGAAUUGGUUUCUACACAUUUUCAGUAGCGCAGCAGUACAGUGCUCUGUUCAUUGCAAGCCGGCAAAUUUAUGUAGCUAUGUGGAAUGGUGUGUCAUAAUGUCCAAUUAGAUAAAUCCCUUUUUCCUAGAAUUAAUAUAACGUUUCUGGACUUGAAACUCUGACAAGAGAUGCCAAAAGGCAGUGGCACCGUGUUACUUGUUUAUAUGAAUUACUUUUUAACAAGGAAUGAUUUGUAUUCAUUAAAUGAAUUCAAUAUUUUCCCUGUAAAAACAAUAGCAUUUCAGUACAUGAACUAUAGAAAAAACAUAUAUAUAAUGUACAUAAAUGUUACAUUUGUAAAGAAAAUGUAAAAAUGUAACUACAAAAUAUGAAUUGCUUAAACUGUGCUGCAUUGUUGGAUGACAACUCUUUUGUCACAGUUAGAGAGUGAGGUUGACUAAUGUGUAUUAUGAAUUGAGUCCACAAAAGAAAUACAAAACUCUUUGUAAUUCUGUUAAAUCUUUUAUGUGGAUUUAUUUAUGAUCAGCCUACUAAUUAAAAAUAUUUUGCUUGACAAUA